AAAGUGAACCGGAUUCUGAUGAAGUUAUUCCGAGUAGCAAAUUUUGGAAAGAUUCUGAGACAAGAGCUUUGUUUUAUUUUCUUGCUGAACAUUUUGAUAUGUAUCGCAAAAAUAAAACAAAGUUUUAUGCAACUGCUGCGAUUGAAAUUGGAAAUAAUCGAACUAGUGCUCAA